AUGGUUCAAUCUAAUCAGGGAGCGUUUGUUAAAGGCAGAUCAAUAGCUCACAACAUAAUGAUUUUUCAAGACCUUAUCAAGAAUUAUGGGAGAUCAGCUACUUCACCAAGGUGUGCAAUCAAAAUUGAUAUUAGUAAAGCUUAUGACACAGUUGAUUGGUGGUUCAUUGAAGAUCUUUUAAAAGCUUUGUGUUUCCCUGUGAGAUUUAUCAAAUGGAUAAUGACAUGCUUGGAAAACACAUCUUAUUAUCUGCUCCUGAAUGGCAGAGUUCAAGGAAAAUUUAAGGGUGAGAAGGGGCUUAGACAAGGGGAUCCUCUAUCGCCUCUUUUAUUUGUCCUAAUCAUGGAAUAUCUCACUCGGAGGCUUCAAUUGGCAGCUCUUGACACAUCUUUUAGAUACCAUCCGAUGUGUAAAAGCCUGAAUUUGUUGAGCCUUUGUUUUGCAGAUGAUUCACUCUUAUUUUGUAAAGGAUCUAUGGUUAUUGUUCGAGUGAUAAAGAGUGCUCUCGAGGAGUUUAGUGCUAUUACUGGGCUGUAA